AUGAAGCUCACUCGAAUUCUCUUCGCGUGCGAACGUCUUUUUUUGGGUAAAAUUCUCUUCUUCUCCCGCGUGGGCUUGGUGCUGCUGCCUUGCCCUUCUGGCCUGAAAAUCAGCCCACGAAUGGUCCGUGCGGCGCACGACGUCGCCACGGACCGGCUGGCGAACACGCUCGCCAGCGUCACCGCAGCCGCCUCCGUCGUCGCUGCCGCCGCGCCGGCGCUGUGCGCCGUCCACUGCGCCGCGAUGCCGAUCGCCGCUGUCCUCUUGCCGUCGCUGCAGGCCAGCGGCGGCAAGAUCUUCGGUCGCAGCGUCUGCAUGCACGCCGUCGCUCGCAAGCUCGCCUACUACUUCGUGAUUCCCUGUGGACUGCUCUCCAACGCGGUGAGCUACCCGAAGCACGAGAGCGUGGCGACGACCACCGCGUCGCUCACCGGCAUCUCCUUUGUGACCGCGGCGGCGGCGUGGGCGGCGGCGGCCCCCUACCGCACCGCCCUCAACCUCAGCGGAUGCGCGCUCAUGCUGGGCUCGACCGCUGUGGGCAACCGUCUGGCGGAGGAGAACGGGCGGGGCUGCUCCGGUUGCUCGACUUGCGAGGGCUGCUGA